UCACAGCGUCAGAGAACAAAUCAACAUCGCACAGGUAACAUCGUUUCAAACAGUGUGGACGACACUCCCAUUACAGAAGCAUCUGGGACGCUUGUUGAUUCCUUGAGGUCACUUUGCCUAUGCAGUUCGAAGCUCGAGGACCUUAAGGAUCGGGAUCCACAAUGUCCUCCUCGGUCGAAGCCGGCUUGCCCAAGAGUCACACGGGGAACGGAUUGGACGUCAACAGGACUCACAAAUCAUGCAAGCGCCUGGUUCAGAAGAUGGCCGAAGGGGCAGUCGACGGCGCCCAUCAGACGUGGCUGAGGUCGACUGAUAAGGCAACGACCACGCCCGCCAAGGGCGAGAUUGAAGGCGAAAUACCAGCAUGGCUGGAGGGAUCCUUGUACCGAGACGGACCAGGCGUCCUCAACAUAGGAGACACAUGGUACCAUCACGUCUUUGAUGGCAUGGCUGUCCUGCACAAGUUCUCCAUUAAGGACGGUGAAGCAACUUACACUUCGCGGAUUCUAGAAAGUGACGCCUACAAGAGAAACAGUGCUGCCAACCGGAUCGUCGUCGACGAGUUCGGAACGCGGGCUUACCCGGACCCUUGUAAGACAAUCUUGCAGAAGUUCAUGAGUCGAUUCUCGGGACCGUCGCUCGAUAAUAUGACCGACAACUGCGCCGUCAACGUUUGUUUCUAUGGCGAUCAGCUGUUCGCCAUGACGGAGACCAAUAAGAUACGAAGGGUAGAUCCCGAAACGCUGAAGACGAUUGGAGAUAAGACGAUACUAUCGGACUACGUGGCCGUGAAUAUGGCAACAGCGCACCCCCAUGUUGAUCCGGAUGGAACAGUGUACAACAUGGGCAAUUCUUACAUGGGAGGAAAAGGGCCCACAUACAAUGUUAUCAAGUUCCCACCUGAGAAAACACUGCCAGAUGGGAAGAAGCUGAGUUCGAUGGACCAGGCCUCUGUCGUAGCUUCUAUUCCCUGUCGAUGGAAAACGAAGCCCUCCUACUACCACUCGUAUUCCCUGACCGACAAUUACUUUAUAUUGGCUGAGCAACCCCUGGGAAUAUCCCUGCCCAAAAUUGUGACGAAUUACUUCACUGGGAAGGCCUUCAUGAAGGCGAUGAGAUGGAUGAAGGAAACGACAAGAUUUAGGAUAGUGAGACGCAGUGACGGACAAGUCGUGAAGACAGUGUACGAUGCUCCCACGUUCUUCACGUUCCACUCGAUCAAUGCUUACGAGGAGAACGGCCAGAUAGUGAUAGAUUUAUGCUGUUUUGACGACGGAGCGGUCGUGAACCAGAUCUGGCUGGAGAAUAUCCUCAACCCUUCCGAGACUUUCAAUAAGGCGAUGAAAGCUGUGCCUCGUCGCUUCGUCUUGCCGCUCGACGUAGAUGACGCUCCACUGGGCAGGAACUUGGUCAGACUUCCGGGGUCUAAGUGCAAAGCAACGAAAAUUAAGGAUGGGGCCAUUUUCUGUGAACCGGAGGACCUCGCAACUUGCAAGCUGGAGAUGCCCAGAAUCAACUACAGAUUGAAUGGCAAGAAGUAUCGGUACGCUUAUGGUUUCAGCCCCUGCAAUGGCCUCAAUUGUGGAAUACUCACCAAAAUUGACACAACCACAAAGGAGUCAACACAUUGGGAGCUGCCAGGUUUCCAAGUGUCUGAGCCCAUUUUCGUCGAGCGACCAGGGGCAACUGAAGAAGACGACGGCGUUCUUCUGGCUUCCCUUGUUAAUGAGAAAGAGGAAAGAGAGGUCAGAAUGGUCGUCCUGAACGCAAAGACAAUGGAGCAGCUUGCCUUGGUUACUUUCAAGACGGCUGGAGUCGUUACCAGAGAAUUCCACGGACUCUUCGCAAGAUCGUGUGAUAAGGUGCACGGGUAUUAACAGAGGGGCUGCAAAUGUCCUCGGUUUUAGAAUAAUUAAGCUAUAAAACAGGCAAAGGACUCCGUGAUUUAUACGAAGUAUUUGAACGAUGGACAGGUAUUGAAUGAAGGGCUACAGAUGUUAUUGGUCUCAGAAUAAUCAUACUAUAAAACAGGCAAAAGCCUCCAUGAUAUAUUCAGAUUAAGAAGUAUUUGGACGUUUGCACAGGUAUUGAAAGAAUGGCUGCAGGUGUUUUUGAGAAUAAUUACAAAGCAAGUAAAAAAGGCCCCAUGAUAUGUGGAUGUUGCACAGGUAUUGAAAGAAUGGCUGCAAAUUUUUUUGAGAAUAAUUAUAAUAUAAAACAAGUAAAAAUGCUUCAUGAUAUGUGGACGUUGCACACAUAUUGAAAGAAAGCCUACCGAUUUAAAAAAAAAUAAUUAUACUAUAAAACAGGUAAAGAGGCUCCAUGAUAUAUUCAGACUUUGAUAUGGACAUUGCACAAGUAUUAAACGAAAGGCUGCAGGCGUUCUCGUUUUAAAAUAAUUAUAUUACAAAACAGGUAAAAAGGCUCCAUGAUAUAUUCAGAUUACGAACUGUGGACGUUGAACAGGUAUUGAAAGAAAGGCUGUAUAAAUGAUCUCGGCUUUAGCGCAAUAAAACAGGUAGAAGGUUCCAUGAUAUAUUCAGAUUAUGAAACGGCAUGUGGGCGUUGCAAUUAGUAUUUCAAGUUUGGUCAAAUAUGAAAGUUUAACCUAUAAAUUAUGUUAUAAGUGGCGGUGAUAGGGAAGUUUCCAAGUCGAAAACUCUUUUAUCACUCAGCUUAAAAUGGCUCCGUCAUUAUGUGGGUCAGUUUACUUACCUACCCUAAUUUUUCAGCCUUCAAAUCAAUAAGGUUAUGGGAGUUACGGUUCAAGGUGCAGUUAUCUAGAAAUGUCAGCUGAUCUCACUUCCAGAUUUAUUUAUUUAUUUUGUUUGUUUGUUUGUUAGUGUACACUUCAGCGGCGAAAGGGUUUUUAAACUAUUAAAACGAGUACAUGAAGAUUACUGCAAUAGGUACAUGAAUACAGGGUGUCCAUAAAGUCCCAGUACCAUUACAAUUAUUUAUUGCUUGUAAUGGUACUGGGACUUUAUGGACACCCUGUACAAUGCCUUCAGAAGACUACUUCAAUAAUGAGGCAUACGUGACUUAAGCACCUUCUCUUGUUUUUAACUUAUACAGUCUGAACACUAACAUAUGGACUAGUAAUGCUUUAAAUUCGCUAUCGAUUUCCUCAUUGUACCUUCAAAGUUAAAUAAAUACCUGGACCAAUCUAGGCCGUGCCAAAGGAGCCACAGAUAAGACAAAAUAAUUGUAAAUCGGUUAAUUGCAAAUCUUUAAUUGUAAAUUGCAAUUUACCAGAGGUAAGCAAAGGUAACAAAUGAAAUUGAUACGCAUGGAACUUCUUAUUUAAUAAGUGAUAGUGAUACUGUGUUAGGUAAAAAAAAAAGGGG